AUGAGCCACAAGGGGGCAUUCGAGGCUCUCGAUAGGCUCCUAAAAGAUCUGAAGCACAACACACGGCUCAUGGGAGGCACAACCAUCUUACUUGCAGGAGAUUUCAGGCAGACUUUGCCAGUCAUUCCUAAGGGAACGAGAACGAGAGCUGACGAGCUAAACGCCUUCAUGAAGUCGUCCUACGUGUGGAGAGUCCAACUAAGCAGCGAUGAGGGAGCAGGAACCUUUUCUAAAAGGUACUGCAUGGACAGGAUGGUACCCGGCGAGGAAUGCAGUUACAAGACCAUCGACGCUGUUCACGAUCCAAAUGAAAUUGUGAUCGAUACAGUUCACGAUCCAGAUGGAGUUGUGAUCGACAUUGUUCACGAUCCAGAUGAAGCUGUGAUCGACACUGUUUAUGAUCCAGAUGAAGUUGCGAUUGACACUGUUAACGAUCCAGAUGUUGUGAUCAACACUGUUCAUGAUCCAGAUGAAGUUGUGAUCGACACAGUUCAUGAUCCAGAUGGAGUUGCGAUCGACAUUGUUCACGAUCCAGAUGAAGUUGCGAUUGACACUGUUCAUGAUCCAGAUGAAGUUGUGAUCGACACUGUUCACGAUCCAGAUGAAGUUGUGAACUAUCCUGUGGAGUUCUUGAAUUCUUCAACACCAUCUGAACUUCCACCUCACCACUUAAAACUCAAGAUCGGCUCACCAGAAAUGCUUUUGAGAAGCUUGGAGCCACUUUUUCAUCAAAAAGAUGAUGCCAAGGGUCCUGGAAGCCACAACUUUGACUGGCAAAGCAAGUGGGAGGGAUGA